AGGCUGGGAUAUUACAGUCUCUUCUGUUUCGCAGACCAACAAUGAAGCUUACGAUCUAUUUAUUGGCCGUGGUCCUUUUCGCAGGAUUCCUCGCACUUCCGUCAGCAUCGGGCCAAAACACAACUGACACAUCAAACACCACGACUACCACAACCACAACAACGACCACUACUGCCGCGCCAAAAACUGUGCACAGGAAGCGUAUAACACUCAAGAAUGUUCACUACAAAAAUGUGCGAAGGAUUAAAGUCAACAAGAGUGGUUAAAAACUCAGUCAAAUAAAAAGGGUAUUGGAAAUUAAAAUUUAAAACUUUCUAUUGGUAUAUUCCGGUGGCUGUUCAAAGGAUCUGUUAAAAAUGGAUGGCAAAUAACUAUCUCUUUUAAGAUUCUAAGGAAUGUAAUUUCUUUUUUGUCAUUAAAAAAAUAAAAAACAGUUUUUUCUUUAAACCAGAAAACUAAAUCGUAA